GUGAAGACCAAGCCCAGCCAGCCGAAGCUGUCAGUAGUGCUGCUCCCUUCCGAGUCAUGAACUGAAGCAAAGCUAACAAGACGUCGAACACACGAGUACCUGUUCAUUUGUUCUUCCUUAUAGGUUUCCCUUAAUACCCACCUACCUCUGAUUUCUCACUACUUCACUGCACUGCCACCCAUCUCUCAUUUCCUGAAGCCAUGGCUGCUAACAAGAAUGCUUUGGCCCUUCACAAAGUGAUAAUGGUGGGCAGCGGUGGCGUGGGGAAGUCAGCAUUAACACUGCAAUUCAUGUAUGAUGAGUUUGUUGAAGACUAUGAGCCCACCAAAGCUGACAGCUACAGAAAAAAGGUGGUUCUGGAUGGAGAGGAGGUCCAGAUCGACAUCCUCGACACAGCUGGACAGGAGGACUACGCUGCCAUUCGGGACAACUACUUCCGCAGCGGAGAGGGAUUUCUCUGCAUGUUUUCCAUCACAGAAUCUGAAUCCUUUGCUGCUACUGCUGAUUUCAGAGAACAGAUCCUUCGAGUGAAGGAGGAGGAGAACGUACCUUUCCUGCUGGUGGGAAAUAAGUCUGACUUGGAGGACCGACGGCAGGUCGGAGUGGAGGAGGCCAAGGCCAGAGCAGAUCAGUGGGCAGUCAGCUAUGUCGAGACUUCUGCCAAAACCCGUGCCAACGUAGAUAAGGUGUUUUUUGAUCUUAUGCGUGAAAUCAGAGCCAGAAAAAUGGAAGAUGGCAAAGAGAAAAAUGGAAAAAAGAAGAGAAAAAGUUUGGCAACCAGAAUUCGAGAAAGAUGUUGCAUUUUAUAAUGACUGGGUCACACUAUAAUGCUAACAUCUCUUCUCUACCCUUCCACUGCUCCCCAAAAAAUCCAUCAAGUUUCAUAACACUCCAGGAAAAUAUGCUGGACAUCAUCUCCUAAAAGCACAUCUAGGCUACAGCCUGUGUCUGUUUCUCAAUGGUCUAAAAGGGCAGAACAUGAGAUAUGCAUUAAAAUGACAAACGGUUUCAAAGGUCUUACAUAUCAUAAGAACAUUUCUCUGCUCAAGCACACCGUAACUGACUAUAAAUAAUACUAUAAUAUUUUUUUUUACUUGUAACUAGAUUCUGUUCACUUUAGUUGCUUUUAGUUGAAUGUGAGUACAUUAAGUGCUGAACACUAACACUUUAGGUAAAAUCCUACUACUCCUAACUAUUUGUUAGCAAGUUUACAAUGUAUUUUGAGGAUUUAAACCUCCUGUUCUGUUUUACUUUUUAAAUUAAAGCCUUAAUAUUAGAGUAUAAAAAAAUGUUGGGUGUUAAGCCACAUAAAUGAUGUUAGGUUAUUUUCUAAAAGAAAAUUAUAGCUAUAUAUCUUUGCGUAACAUAGCCAAUGCUAAAUAUUUCCCAAGCAAAUAUACAAAUUAUUAAAAAUAUUCUCAGGAAUCGAUGGAAUUUAUUCCUAAUUGGCUUUUUACCAAAACCUUUCUUUAAAUUCAAAGUUUAAAGUGCAAAAGCUCAUGCAUUUCAAUAAAGCUGGCACUGUCCAUUA